CCAGUAUCCGCUUCAGCCUUGUGUUGAGGAAUGGGGAAGAAAUUUGAUUCAGGUCACCUUUAAAAUCUAUCAAAGCUGUCCCAGUUCGUUCGUUCUCAAGCAGUGCGAGAACUGAACCCUUCCUUUGACAUUUGCAGGUACCUGGAUUUUGCAAGACCGUUCUCCAGCCAAAGACCGUUUACAAAUAAUGCUUGUAUUAGGGGAACAUGUACAUGAAAUGAAUAUGUGCAUGAAAAUAACAUGCAAAGAUGCAUUCUGUUUGAAGAAACAGGUAUGAGUCAAAACUACCUACAAAAAUGUCUCCGUCAGGAGAAAUUUGCACCAAAAUGCUGGAGGAUUUUCCAUGAGGAUUUUUUUUUAAUUGCAAAUUCCUGCAUCAAUGUGGAGAUUGGAAAAAUGGGAAACUGAGAGAAGUGAAAGUGACAGAUCUUUCCAUCCCUUGUUAUUACUUUCCAUUGACAGAACAGGGGCCCAACGCCUGAUCUGUGACAUCACACCGCAUCACAAGGGCUGCGUAGAAUGAUGGGAGGAUCUGAGCUCUGCCGCUCUGGGGCUGGAAGUGCUGCCUGAAUGGGAAAUGACGUUGCCGUGAUGUUGCCAUGAUUUGCUCCCGAUCAGCCACGUGGUCUCUUGAACAGAGAUCAUGGCAGACUUUGGGUCAUCUGGUGAAGAUCAUGUGACAUCAAAUUCAAUGGAUCUGCCAAGCAAAGCACCUGAAGCGAAGCCGGGAGAAGAUGAGAUUUCAGAAAACAAGACAUUCAGCCUGCCUUUGAUUUCCAACAAUCCCAUUACUAACACCACGAACUCCAUAGUUGACACGGACACUGAAAGUUAUACUUCUGACGACAGCUUCCAGAGGUUUUCCUAUCCUCUCCAGGGCAAUAUUGUGCCACAGUGCGCCUCCAGGUAUCUAACCACGGAAGCUCAUGCGAGACUCAUGCGAGAGUCCAGGGAGGAGGAGGAAGAGGAGGAGGAGAAUCCUAGGGAAGGGGAAUUUGUUCUGCAAACAACACUAUCAGACUAUCGACUACUUGCAGAAGAGGAAGGGAACGUUCCUCAAAAGGGACCUGGAAAGGAGCCGAAAUAUCCUUAUGAUAUUUUUUUGGCUACCCCAGGGGAGAUGACGUGCCCCCUAAAACCAUCAAAGCAGGAGGAGGGGGGGGAAGCAACAGCUGCACAUCAACCUGAAGAGAAGGGGUCAGAACCCCCAACACCACCAGAGAAGACAGUGACAGAGGCAAUAAUCCCUCCAAUGUCACCCAUAGAGAGAGUGUGGGUGACCCCUCCAACCCCACCAGAAGAGAGCGAGGAGUCGACCCCUCCAACCCCACCAGAAGAGAGGGAGCUGGCGACCCCUCCGACCCCACCAGAGAAGGUGCGGGGGACCCCUCCAAUGUCACCCAUAGAGAGAGUGUGGGUGACUCCUCCGACCCCACCAGAAGAGAGCGAGGAGUCGACCCCUCCAACCCCACCAGAAGAGAGGGAGCCGGCGACCCCUCCGACCCCACCAGAGAAGGUGCGGGGGACCCCUCCAAUGUCACCCAUAGAGAGAGUGUGGGUGACUCCUCCGACCCCACCAGAAGAGAGCGAGGAGUCGACCCCUCCAACCCCACCAGAAGAGAGGGAGCCGGCGACCCCUCCGACCCCACCAGAGAAGGUGCGGGGGACCCCUCCAAUGUCACCCAUAGAGAGAGUGUGGGUGACUCCUCCGACCCCACCAGAAGAGAGCGAGGAGUCGACCCCUCCAACCCCACCAGAAGAGAGGGAGCCGGCGACCCCUCCGACCCCACCAGAGAAGGUGCGGGGGACCCCUCCAAUGUCACCCAUAGAGAGAGUGUGGGUGACUCCUCCGACCCCACCAGAAGAGAGCGAGGAGUCGACCCCUCCAACCCCACCAGAAGAGAGGGAGCCGGCGACCCCUCCGACCCCACCAGAGAAGGUGCGGGGGACCCCUCCAAUGUCACCCAUAGAGAGAGUGUGGGUGACUCCUCCGACCCCACCAGAAGAGAGCGAGGAGUCGACCCCUCCAACCCCACCAGAAGAGAGGGAGCCGGCGACCCCUCCGACCCCACCAGAGAAGGUGCGGGGGAUCCCUCCAAUGUCACCCAUAGAGAGAGUGUGGGUGACUCCUCCGACCCCACCAGAAGAGAGCGAGGAGUCGACCCCUCCAACCCCACCAGAAGAGAGGGAGCCGGCGACUCCUCUGACCCCACCAGAGAAGGUGCGGGGGACCCCUCCAAUGUCACCCAUAGAGAGAGUGUGGGUGACUCCUCCGACCCCACCAGAAGAGAGCGAGGAGUCGACCCCUCCAACCCCACCAGAAGAGAGGGAGCCGGCGACCCCUCCGACCCCACCAGAGAAGGUGCGGGGGACCCCUCCAAUGUCACCCAUAGAGAGAGUGUGGGUGACUCCUCCGACCCCACCAGAAGAGAGCGAGGAGUCGACCCCUCCAACCCCACCAGAAGAGAGGGAGCCGGUGACUCCUCUGACCCCACCAGAGAAGGUGCGGGGGACCCCUCCAACGCCACCCGCAGAGUGGGUGUGGGUGACUCCUCUGACGCCACUUGAGGGGGUGUGGGGGAGCCCUCCACCACUCACAAAGAGGGGGUCACAUGUUGCUUUGCCGUCGACGCAAAAAGUACUGCCUAUCAUUCAGCUGCCAACAGGGACUGAACCGGCAAUCCCUAAGCUACCAGCACCAGGGGAACUAGCAGUCACUCCGCACUGGCCACCAUCGGCAGGCCCUCGACCCCAGCCCGAGAAGGAGCCAGUCGUUCAUUGGCCAACGGCUGCAAAGGAGCUUCCGGUUUUGCUGCCAAUAGAAAAGUCUGCAGCAGCCACUGAGGGAAUGUCUCCAAUGAAAUCCAGGCUACCCACGAGCCUCCAGUCAGAAAGGGAGGUGGUGAUCCGGACGGAAACAAAGGCCUGGCCGAUGACAGAGGAUCCAACCUCUUCUAUCUUGAUAAACCUCAAGCCAAAAGCGUUGGCUGUGGCCCACAGAGGGAAAGACAAGUCCUUUCACGACGCCCUGGAGGACAUUGCGUCCCAACUGAAGGAAGCCAGCAGCACCUCCAGAUCUGCUAUGGCGAACAGCAUCAGUUCCUUUGUGGAGUCCCCAGUUGGGAAGGUCUUUGCCAACACAAUUGAUCGAGCUCUGGAGAAAUCGGAGGAAUGGCUGAAUUAUUAUCUUCCAUUGCCAGAGACCAGUGUUGCCGACUCCAGUGUAAGGGAGGAAGAGCGCGACCCCUCCCCGGACGACCUCUGCAAGGAAGGCUGCUUCAUGAGGAUCGAUUCCCUGUCGACUCAGCUGCGAAACCGGGCCUUCAAAUUUGUGCUGCACCAGCUCAAAAUGACCCGACGGAACACCCACGAGCACCUCUCAGUGCUUGAUCAGGUGUUAGACCUGCUAGAUCACUGCCAUAGCCUGAACCCAUCCAAUUUCCCAAGUGUCUCGGGGAAGCUGUCAAGCAUGUGGUCAGAGUGGAACACAAAGCCAGAGACCACCAGCCGUCGGCCUUCGGCAAAGGCUCUCAACGAGUCCCUCUCUUUACUACCUGAGCAACUGGAGAUGAAAGCCUUGGGUUUGACACGGGUCCUGACCCAGGAGCUGUAUGGCACAUAUCACAACCUUUUGCCGCACGUCUCUGAACUCCCUGCUCACCUCCAGGAAAAAGUGAGUCAGGUCUAUGAAAACAUGGAAGACCUCCAGUCUCACUUGUCCUCUACCACCUCCCUGAGAGAGUUGCCGUCCAGCCUCCUUGUCCAGAGUCGGCAGAAAAUCGCCAGCGCACGGGAGAACCUGGACGAGCUCUUGGAUUUCAUGGUCCAAAGCCAGCCGGCUCAGUGGCUGUCCCAGCCAAGCUCAUCCAGGGCAGGUAAUCUGCCGCCGUCCGCAGCUGGGAACAAGCCACCAAAAGGGGGAAGUGUUGAAAGCAAAGAGGGGUCCACGUCCCCGCAGCCACCUCGCCCCUAACCCUGUUUUGUCAAAAGACGCCCAAGUCAGAUGAAAAGCCUUCCUCCAAGGAAAGUCAGCUUUGGGCUACUACGACUCCCACCACGCAUCCCCAGGGAGUCAAAAUCCUUGGGAAGCCAACGAACAAUUCUGCCACUCUCAGGAUCUCAUCUCUUCGUUGAGGCUGAAAGACGGGGAAGUGGGACUUGCAACUGGUGAGCUUUGUUCUCUGUCCAUGUGGCGUGGGUAACUGAUCCCAAU